AUGGCUCCCAUGAAUAAACGACGUCAAAACUCCAAUGUGUUUGCCAUGUUUGAUAAGGCACAAGUUAUGGAAUUUAAAGAUGCAUUUAGUAUAAUGGAUACCAAUAGUGAUGGAUUAGUAGAUAUGAAUGAUUUAAAGAUUACAUUUGAAAGAUUAGGUCAACCAGCGACAGAAGAAGAAAUUAAAGAAAUGCUUGGAGAUGCGACAACACCCAUCAACUUUACCGUCUUUUUAACAUUAAUGGCUGAUAAAUUAGCAGAUAUAGACUCAGAAAAUGUGCUCUUGAAAGCAUUUUCAGCAUUUGACGAUGAUAGAGAUGGAAAAAUAAGUGCAGAUUAUCUAAGGGAAUGUAUGAUGACUAUGGGUGACAGAUUCACAAACGAAGAGGUCGAUAUCAUGUUUAAAGGAUCAGUUAUUGAUGAAGAUGGGAACUUUAAUUAUAGAGAUUUUGUUAGAAUUCUAAAGCAUGGAGAAUAA